GGUCUUUAUAUUUCGUUUUAUAUUAUUCAUGUGAGUUAGAGUUGUCUAGUAUAUCGCCAUGGGUGACUCUGUAGACUCUCUCCUUGAUAGGCCAGUGGCUUCCAAGGGGAGAAAGACGCUAGCGAUCGUUGUAAUAGGGAUGGCUGGAAGUGGAAAGACAUGCUAUGUGCGCAAACUGAUUGAGAAAUUGAAGACUGUGGGCAAAAAGGUUUAUUCAAUCAAUUUGGAUCCUGCUGUUGUAAAAGUUCAUUAUAAGCCGAAUAUAGAUAUUCGUGAUUCUAUAGAUUAUAGAGAUAUUAUGAAAAAGUAUAACCUAGGCCCUAAUGGAGCAAUCAUGACAUCUUUGAAUCUUUUCGUUACUAGAUUUGAUAAAAUUUUGGAAAUUUUGGAUCGUAGAUCCGAUACAUUGGAUUACAUAGUUAUUGAUACACCUGGACAGAUUGAAGUUUUUAAUUGGUCUGCUAGUGGGACAAUUAUUUUGGAAUCUCUCUCUUCUUCCUUCCCAACAGCAGUUAAUUAUUUAAUAGACACGACUAGAUCUAUGAAUCCAGUGACAUUCAUGACGAAUAUGAUUUACGCCUGCAGUGUGAUGUACAAAUGUCAACUGCCAUUUAUCGCAUGUUUUAAUAAAAUAGAUGUAAAUAGAUAUGAGAUUUGCUUGGAAUGGAUGCAUGACUAUGAUCAGUUUUAUGAAUCCGUGAUGAAGGAUGAUUCAUACAUGGCAACCUUCAGUAGAUCGUGUGCACUAAUGUUGAAUGAAUUUUAUUACAACCUUACGGUAAGUGGAAUCUCGUCAAUGACCGGUGAGGGAUUUGAUGAACAUAUAAAAACGCUGGAUGAGUGUAUACAUCAAUAUAAAAGAAUAUAUUUGCCGUGGCUGGAAAAAAAACGUAUUAUGAAUAGCAGGGUCAACAAAGGAUUACCUCCGGAAGAAUAG